CUUUAGCAGAUUAGCAGGAAUAGCAGGCACACUCCGGCAGCAGCACUCGUCGACGCGAAUCCCUCACGGCUGUGUCUGGCGACCGGCGGUCUGUCUCGCGCAUCUCCUGCAUCGCGUCGAGGAAAAAUACGCGAGCGCGGCGUAAUACCUGCCUUUGCCAAUCCUCCACGGCGACGGACGACCAGAAGCGGCCAGUUCGGUGGGCCGGAACUCGGCUCUUCUCUUCCCCCCUCGCUUUCUCGACCACGCGCGGCCGCGGCGGACCGAGCACGAUCGCGCCGGGUUUAAUGUGUAACGUUAACGAGACGCCGGCGAGAUGAGGCUCACACGGAACUGCCUGAACAACAUAGGCAAGAUGUUGGACUUCUACUCGCAAUUCAACCCCUCGCCGCUCUCGAUAAAACAGUUCAUCGAUUUCGGUCUAAACGCCUGUGCGAGGAAGUCUUUCAUAUUCUUGAGGAAGGAACUGCCCGUACGACUCGCCAACAUUAUGAAGGAGAUCCACUUACUGCCGGAAAACUUGCUAAAGAUGCCUAGUGUGGGUAUUGUGAAUAACAUGUAUGCCACGUCUUUCGAGGAAAUAAUACAUUUCGAAAAAGUUGACGUCAACGAGACCACUUUAGACACAUUCUGCCAAGCUCUAAUAAAGAUACGGAACAGGCAUACCGAUGUCGUCCAGACAAUGGCGCAGGGAGUUUUGGAACUGAAGGAAUCUCACGAUGUGGACAUUCAGACUGAGAACAGCAUUCAGUAUUUCCUGGACAGAUUUUUCAUGUCCCGCAUUUCCAUUCGUAUGCUGAUCAAUCAACACACGCUCCUUUUUGGUGGGCAAUUGAACGGGCACAGUAGACACGUUGGAUGUAUAGAUCCGUCCUGUGACGUAAUCGACGUCAUUAAGGACGCUUAUGAGAACGCACGGUUUUUGUGCGAUCAAUAUUAUCUGGCUAGUCCGGAAUUGAGAGUCAAACAGCAUAACGAACUUGAACGUAGUAGUGAGAUUAGGAUUAUUUAUGUGCCGAGCCAUUUGUACCAUAUGCUAUUCGAGCUCUUCAAAAACAGCAUGAGAGCCGUGAUGGAACACCAUGGUGAAUCGGACAAUUAUCCGCCGCUGGAGGUUUUGUUAGUGCGCGGUAAAGAGGAUAUUUGUGUGAAGAUAUCCGAUAGAGGUGGUGGCAUUCCUCGUUCACAAACGGACCAUUUAUUUAAAUACAUGUACAGCACCGCUCCACAGCCGAGCAAAUCAGAUGCUCAUACGGUACCGCUUGCAGGAUACGGCUACGGUCUGCCAUUGUCUCGAUUGUACGCACGGUAUCUGCACGGCGACAUCGUAUUGCUCAGCUGUGAGGGUUACGGAACAGACACUAUUAUUUAUCUGAAGGCAUUAUCCACUGAGGCAAACGAGCUAUUGCCGAUAUUUAAUAAGACCUCGUCGAAGUUUUAUCGUACGCCGGUACCCACCGCGGAUUGGAGCAGCCAGUGUGGUGGUGGGAUGGCGACGAGGCAACUUAGUAUGAGUCACGCUCAUGGCCACAGACUGCCUCACGGGAUGGAAAUCACUCAUUUAUAGCAGAACGCGAUCGAUGCGGAUCAGGAAACAAUUGGAAAACUCAGUAGAAUUUUCUGUCCGCGUAUUUUGCAAAGGAUGCUUUGACAGGAAAGUUAGAUCUGUAUUCAAAGUCAAGACAAAAAAAUAUUGAAGGAAUAUUCUCUACACAUGAGAAACAACUAGUUAUUAGACGGAUAACACAAUACACAUAUUGGCCAAAGUUAAUAUUAUUGAUAAUCUCUUCCUUGUGCCGUAAUUGCAUUACAUAUCAAAUCAAUUCUACAGAUUUGAUAAUUGAGGAUUUUGUUUUCCGUCAAUAUAUAUUCUUUGUGGCACAAGCUAGAACAUCAGAUUAUCUACUAUAUGUUUUUAAUAAAAAAAUGUUCACAGGGUUUAAAAUUGAUAUGAAAAAAAGAAUGUUUUGAUAACUCUUAAAGCAAUGAAUUAUCAUUCGUUUUAUAAUGAAGCAUUGCAUCCAAAUAACUGGAUUGCGAUUUGUAAUAUUAGGCUUUGUAUGACGGAAUGUAUUUAAUCAUCUCACGUUGGUUAUACUACAGACAAUAUCAGCAUUUCAAUUUGAGAUAGCAUUUUUCGUUACAUUAUAGCUCCGAAUGUCGAAUAAUAUAUUCUGGACCACGUUCUGAAAUAUAUCAAAAAUAUAUAAUUUUUUCCGUGUCUCAAUGAUAUAAAUAUUAUAGAAGAUAAUCAUAUAUAUUAGUUGU